AUGUCCUACGGCGAAGGGCUAUCCGGAGCCGAAUAUUUGGCCUCUAUUUAUGGAACAGAAAAAGACAAAGUCAACUGUUCUUUUUUCUUCAAGGUGCCUAUAUUUAAAUAUUUUUCUUGUUUAAAUUCUCGUUUUUUUCAGACGGGAGCUUGCCGACAUGGAGAUAAAUGCUCUCGUGCUCACCACACACCAACUUUUUCGCCAACCGUCGUUUUGAAAAACUUUUACCACAAUCCUGUUGUCGAUGUCCGCCAAGCUGACGCUUUCGACAGUAAGUUUUGACAAACUAUCUUUUUUUCUUCCAUAACCUCAAGUGAUUAAUUGAAGAACUUUUCAUUGAAAGUGAAAGGCAAAUCCAUUUAUAACUUGAAGAGGGUUAUAGUUGAUGAAGCACGAUAGUUCUUUAUUCAUUUUUACCAAAAAUAAACCUGUUCUGUUUAAGAGGUCGGAAAGAAAAACCGAGAGGAACAGCAAUAUUUCGAUGACUUUUACGAGGAAGUUUUCACAGAAAUGGAACGAAAGGUAGUUGAAUGUUUCAAGUUUUUUCUCUAUAUUUGUUAUUGAAGUACGGAGAAGUGGAAGAGAUUAACGUUUGCGAGAAUAUUGGAGAACACAUGGUCGGCAACGUGUACGUAAAGUUCAUUCGUGAAGAGGAUGCCGAGAAAGCGAAAGAGGACCUUAAUAACAGAUGGUACACUUUGAAAGAAAUUUUUUUUUUCAUGAUAAAUUUUAAGGUUUAACUGUCAACCAAUUUACGCGGAAUUGUGUCCUGUCACAGAUUUCCGUGAAUCUCGAUGCCGUCAGCAUGAGGUUUUAAAACUCUUGACAGCGGUUGUUGUUGGAAUUUAAUUUUUGCAGGUGACGAGUUGUAAUAAGGGAGGUUUCUGCAAUUUUAUGCACUUGAAAGCCAUAUCGUCUGAGUUGGGAGAAAGGCUUUAUGGAAGACGUGGUCGAAGGUUCGUUCAGUUUAAACUCAAUCUUGGAUUUGAAGUGAAAAAUUUCGAACUUUUAUAUUCACUUUUUAUGUUCCUGUAUGUCUUCCAUCCUUUCUGACAAAAAUAUAGUAUCAAUUUUCUUUUCUCGAUUUUUUCGAAAAGCGUUGGAUAUGUAUACAUAGUAUAAGCUUUUUGUCUUUUGGAAGCGUUGAAAGGUCUGUGUUCGUAAACAGGAUUAUUUUCGCAAUACUUCGCGUCAUCUCAUAGAGAUUUGAAGAGCUUCUCAACAUUUUUGCUGAUAACUUUGACUUUUGUUAUGUAUGCUUCUAAUGUACGGGCGAUGCUUAAAUACAUGGAAGAUAAAGUCAUUUCAGAAAUUAUUGCCAAAAAAUGAAAACCAACAAAAAAAAUUUCUAAGCUAAGUUCUUGUUUUUCUUUCAGUUCUUAAAGUUCAGUUUUUUCAAUGUUCGUUUUUUUUUACAGUCUCCUCUCAAUUUUUAUUUUAAAAGCCUCUUUUUGAGAUUCGUUCGUCACAUUGAAAGCGUUUCAUGUUGGACCUUAAAAACUUCUAGGUACGAAAUGUGCUGAGGAAAUUGAUUUGAGUAAUCUAAUAAAUCUUGUUUUAAAAAAAAGCGAAAAAGAAAAACUGGAAAGAUAGAUAAAAAUCUUCAAUUAAGAAGAUAAUUUUUUUUUUCUACGAAAUCAAGUUAUUCAUCCGAUUAUGCUUGGUUUUUCAGAGCCGAUGCUGCUGGACACUAUCCGGCUGCUCGUCGAGGAGGCGGCGGCGGAGAUGACCGAGGUUACGGUGGCGGAGGCGGUGGCGGGGGUGGCCGAGGCUACGGUGGAGGCGGCUACGGUGGCGGAAGAGAUAGCUACGGUGGUGGCAGAGGAUACGGUGGUGGCGGCGGCGGCGGUGGAUACGGUGGCGGCGGAGGCUACGGUGGCGGCAGAGACAGACGACGAAGCAGAAGUCGCGACCGUCGACGCUACUAA